AGUGUUAAACCUUUAGUUUUGUCGUUUCCUGGUCUAUCGUUUAUCUGUCGGACGCGUUUCGGCAUUCAGUUUCAGUGGUGGAAUCGUUUACCUUCCUCUCCCUGCUUACAUCCUUGAUGCCACGCCAAGUUAUUUAUAGUAAAUGGUUUUGAAUGGAGCUGGUAUCUCUCAGAUCGAAUUGAACUUAGUUUCCGUUUGACACGUCCGGUCGCCGUUCGAACAUUUUCGCAUCACUUUUUCCUCCAGCCUGGGAGAACAAGAUGGACCGAAGCGGUAAAAACUGGGAACCAGAAUUGUUUAGAUGUACGAUGGUUGGUGCUGGCAACUUCACAACAAAAGAAAGGAUGUUCUAUGAAACCAACGGGUACAUUUUAAGAAAGAAACUUAUUCCUCUAGACAUUUUACAAAGAUGCAGAAUUCGUUGCUCGGAUCUUUGCAAAGGAGAAACACAAAAAGGAUGGACGAGAGUAACAAUGGACAGUACCGAAAGUACCUGGUUAUUGAUAGAAGAUGUCCUCUGGGAUCCGGCUUUUUCCCAUCUGGUCUUACACCCUCCGCUCUUAAACGCUGUUGAAAGUAUAACGGGACCAAACAUAAUCGCAACAGACUCAAUUAUGUUUCCUACUAUUGGCCAUGUAUCGGACAUUGCGGCGCCGUUUUCCAGAGAGUUUGACCAAAUCCGAAUCCGGCCGGAACACCGCAUCGCCUGCACUUGGACGGUUGUUGACAACUUUAACGAGGAAAAAAGGUCACUUUCCAUUAUACCAGGGACUCACAAGAAAAUCGCAAAUCCAGAAGAAUAUGGUGAACCUAAAAUUUCAUGGUGCGUUGGUCUGCCUAUCCUUGCUGGGUUGAUCUGUCAAUUCGACAUCAUACAAGAAAAGCAUCAAAGACACCAUUAGCAAAUUCCUUCUGAUCAUAUAUCCAAGAUACAAACAAAUACAAUAACAUGAUGGACAAAUUUUGAAGUGC